GCCCUCCCCCCACUUUGGCGCCUUCCCUCUCUCCACCUCCUCCACUCUCCCACCACCACGAGACCUUCUCGAAGCUUCCUCCCCCCCAAACCCCUUCCGCUCCUCCUCCUCCUCCCAAAUCCACCACGGCGACGCCGCCGCCGCAGAGCCCCUAGCUCCCGGAGGUCCCUCGCCCCCGCCAGCUCCGACGGCCUCACGGAAGGAGGAGUAACGUGGGCGUUGAUUGGAUUUUUUUGUUUUCCCCCCACCUUGAGUGAGUCUGUGCCGUUUCCCCGGCGGCGAGGGAGGGCAGAGGGCUGAUCAUGGUCGUGCGCCGCCGGUGCCUUGCCGAGAUUUCCCCCAACCGCCACCGACGAUCGUUCACUUGGCACAAAGGGGAGUAGCACUGUCCAAGCUGUUGUGGUCCGUCAGGGAGAUUGGCCAACCUGUGGGGUUUCAGAUCGACAUAAGUACGUCAGUAUUUCAGCCAUCGAUCAAUCUGGCGGUUCAUAGGGCUGUGCUUGCAACCUUUCUGGCAGAAAGGAGAGAGCAAAGUGAUUUGCUGUCUCCUGUUGAUUGUGGCCUGUUGAGGCCCAGUAAUGGCAGAUGCUAGUUCAAGGACUGACACAUCGAUUGUUGUAGACAACGACGACAAAAACCACCAGUUAGAAAACGGACAUAGUGGUGCAGUCAUGGCUUCUAACUCUUCAGAUAGAUCUGACAGAUCUGACAAACUUAUGGACCAAAAGACAAUUCGGCGGCUUGCUCAAAAUCGUGAGGCAGCAAGAAAAAGUCGGCUGAGGAAAAAGGCAUAUGUGCAACAACUAGAGAGCAGUAAGCUGAAGCUUGCACAGCUAGAGCAGGAACUUCAGAAAGCUCGUCAGCAGGGAAUCUUCAUCUCUAGCUCUGGAGACCAGACCCAUGCCAUGAGUGGAAAUGGGGCAUUGACUUUUGACUUAGAAUACACUAGAUGGCUCGAGGAGCAAAAUAAGCAGAUAAAUGAGUUGAGGACAGCAGUGAAUGCUCAUGCAAGUGACAGUGACCUUCGUCUUAUUGUUGAUGGCAUAAUGGCGCAUUAUGACGAGGUAUUCAAGGUUAAGGGUGUAGCUGCAAAGGCCGAUGUGUUUCAUAUACUUUCAGGCAUGUGGAAGACACCCGCAGAAAGAUGCUUCCUGUGGCUUGGUGGUUUCCGUCCAUCUGAGCUUCUAAAGCUCCUAGCAAAUCACCUCGAACCUUUAACCGAGCAGCAGUUGCUGGGAUUAAACAACCUCCAGGAAUCUUCUCAGCAGGCGGAGGAUGCACUUUCACAAGGUAUGGAAGCACUGCAGCAAUCUCUGGCAGAUACUUUGGCUGGAUCUCUCGGUUCAUCAGGGUCUUCUGGGAAUGUGGCGAACUACAUGGGUCAGAUGGCAAUGGCCAUGGGUAAACUAGGAACGCUCGAGAAUUUCCUUUGCCAGGCGGACAACCUGCGACAGCAGACAUUGCAUCAAAUGCAACGAAUUCUGACGAUCCGGCAAGCCUCGCGUGCUCUUCUUGCCAUACACGAUUACUUUUCACGCUUGCGUGCUUUGAGUUCGCUGUGGCUUGCUAGGCCACGGGAGUAACAAAAUGGUCAUGUGUGCCUGUGACGAGGUUAGACGCUCAUUUUGAUGGACUGCAGAUAAUUGGGUUUUUCCCUGUACAAUUGUGUUUGGCAGCUGUGGACUAAAGUUAAAAACUGUACCUAAAGUGGUGUAUGCAAAUAGGUGAAGCCUCUAAGUAAGUUAUAACGAUUGCAUUAUUGUGUUAGCAAUAAAAGUUGGGUAAUUCAGGAUGUGUCCUGAGUUGUUUUGUUGUAGUAGAAGAACUGCAUGUAGUGGCUGGAAAUGCAGUGUUGAAUGUAACUAAAGCUCUGCUGCUCACGUUGCAUAAUGUUGUGUAGUAAUAGUUAGCUAGUGAUGCCCAUUUUACCUGCACUCCUCUGGGAAGCUGAAACUGCAACCUGAAGCAACCACGGUGCAGAAGACCGCAUGCAUGGUAAAUGAUUAAAAGGAUAUAUAUGGGCUCAACAUCGCUGCCAAAUCCUGAGAUAAUGAACAGGCAUGCUAAACUGCUACUUCCACAUGAAACCUCCCAGUUGACAUGAAGAAUGAGCUGUUCAGUUUUAUGGUUUCUGUGUUGCACUGUACAUAAUUCCUGUACGGGUCUGAAUUUAUCCUGAAAUCAUGCUAAACUGCAGAAGCAUAUGAAAUCUCCAGACCGGUUGACAUGAAA